CCGCGGGUCCGUUGGAAGCGGCGCGAUGGGGGCGCCCGCCUGGUGCCUUUCCCUCGUCUAGCCUUUGUCUCCCGCGCUGGACACCUCCCGAUGCACAGGACCCUUGGGUUUUACUUUUGCCUCCCCUCCGCUCGGACCCGGAGCCCGGGAACCGCGUGAAUCUGUGUUUUUGGAGGUAUAGUAUUCAGAGAUGAAAAGGGGUUGGCAAAAUACGUUUAUGAUUUGAGGAACGCCCAGGGGUCAGAUUGCAUUUGAACAGUUUACGUUCUGCUGGACAAAUUCACUUAGUUACCAAUUGAUGGGAAUGCUUCAUGGAGCGAUUAAGAUGGACUUGCCAUUCUGAAAUUCAGUGGGAUUCUGGAAGAACUGCAAGAUAAACAUCCAUUCUUCAAGUGUAUUCUGCAUAACCAAAGUUCUGGCUAACAGGGUAAGCCAGUCCAGGCACCAUGAGUUGGAGCUUCCUGACUCGACUAUUAGAGGAGAUCCACAACCAUUCCACGUUUGUGGGGAAGAUUUGGCUCACCAUAUUGAUAGUCUUCCGGAUCGUACUCACUGCUGUGGGUGGGGAAUCCAUCUAUUACGAUGAGCAAAGCAAAUUUGUAUGCAAUACAGAACAGCCGGGCUGUGAGAACGUCUGCUACGAUGCUUUUGCCCCUCUGUCCCACGUCCGCUUUUGGGUGUUCCAGAUCAUCCUUGUGGCCACCCCAUCGGUGAUGUAUCUGGGCUAUGCCAUUCACAAGAUUGCCAAGAUGGAGCACGGAGAGGCAGACAAGAAGGCAGCGAGGAGCAAGCCCUAUGCCAUGCGCUGGAAGCAGCACCGGGGCCUGGAAGAGACGGAGGAGGACCAUGAGGAAGACCCCAUGAUGUACCCAGAGAUGGAAUUAGAAAGUGAAAAAGAGAACAAGGAGCAGAGUCAGCCUAAACCCAAACAUGAUGGGCGGCGGCGCAUUCGAGAAGAUGGGCUUAUGAAAAUUUACGUGCUGCAGUUGCUGGCAAGGACCUUGUUUGAGGUGGGUUUCCUGGUGGGGCAGUAUCUUCUGUAUGGCUUCCAGGUUCGCCCAUUUUAUGUGUGCAGCAGAGUCCCCUGCCCUCAUAAAAUAGACUGCUUCAUUUCUAGGCCCACUGAAAAGACCAUCUUCCUGCUGAUAAUGUACGGUGUGACGGGCCUCUGUCUGAUCCUCAACAUUUGGGAAAUGCUUCACUUGGGCUUUGGGACUAUACGGGACUCAUUAAAUAGCAAAAGGAGAGAACUGGAAGAUUCAGGUGCUUAUAAUUAUCCUUUCACUUGGAAUACUCCGUCUGCUCCACCUGGCUAUAACAUUGUGGUCAAACCAGAUCAAAUCCAGUACACCGAACUGGCCAACGCCAAGAUUGCCUACAAGCAGAACAAGGCCAACAUUGCUCAGGAGCAGCAGUACGGAAGCAAUGAGGAGAACCUCCCCGCAGACCUGGAGAUGCUGCAGCGAGAAAUCAAAGUGGCCCAGGAGCGCCUGGAUCUUGCCAUCCAGGCCUACAACCACCAGAACAACCGCCACGGCCCCCGGGAAAAGAAGUCCAAAGCUGGCUCUAACAAAAGCAGUGCCAGUAGCAAAUCCGGGGAUGGGAAGAACUCUGUCUGGAUUUAAUCUUGGCCAGGCUCAUAACUGGUGCUUCUCCUCGUUAGGGUAAGCAGCAAGCGGCUCACUGAAUAAUGACUUCCAUUGAGUAAACAUUUGGCUCUGGUUAUCUUCAGGGAGGUUUAGUGUUGGCCAGUGAUCCAAGCUCAGGGGACUUGGGGCCGGGAGGGGGAGACUGGGGAGUGGGAGAGAAGGGAAACAAAGUGUUCCCGGCACAGGUUCUCAGCAAUACCACGGUUGCAGAACUUUUCCCUUGUGUCUUCCAGAUCUGGAAAAGAACAGAUAUAUUUAAAUCAUUCUUGUUGAACAGUUUUUUAUGUACAGUAUUAUGGUACAUUUUUAGUAUGCUAAUUUUCUUUUGUAUUUGUACAUUUGACCUCUGCAGUUAUACUUUUAUAUUAAAGGAAAAAAACUGCAAUAGAUAACGCCUAGCAUUUGGCUAGUGUUAUUAUUACUUUGGUCAGCAGACUUUUGCCAUGUGUUUAAAGUUAUAAUAGAUGCAAUUCUUAAUUAAAGUGCCUCAUGCUGUAGGGAGGACUUCAGUUACAGAGGGAAACCAAGAAGGAGCCCUGAGAUUGCAGAUUUGAAAAGAAAACCCUGCAGCAGUGUGGGCCAAGUUCCUUCACUCUUCCCCAACAGAGACAAACUCCUAUUGGUCUUAUCCAGAUACUCAAAACUGCCUCUUGUACAGGUGUGCCCAUCUGAAACCAACAUAAUAGGUGAAAAGCUCGAGUUACAAGAAAUGAAGUAAAGUAGUGAGGGCAGGGAGUGCUACACUCUGUGAAAAGAUUUGACAGAAUUAGUGAGCUUGGAUAAUGCAGAUAGCAUGUCGUCCAAUUUCUUUUUAAAAUCACCCAGCUUUUUUUUUUUAAGCCCAACAUCUGUUGCACAAAGGGAGGCAUGCCUACAUCUGGAUAGUAUGGCUUCCCCUACCUUGUCAGAAAGCAAGGCACAUCUGAAGAAUGGGCUGUGGAAGCAGGGAGAUGAAAUUAUUCCUUGCCUGGAUAGCCUUAAGUCUCCUUCCUGUAACCUGACUGGCCUCUCAGGAAGCCUGUAAUAAACAGUUCCCUUUUUUUAUAUUAGCAGGAAGUAUACAAACAGCCAUGCUUGUAUGAAUAAUACUUAGAGCCACUCAGGCUGCAAAAGACCAGAGAGCCUGGAGUCCAAGUUCCAUGGAUUCUAACUGGCCACGAAAUCCUGGCCAGGUCGGGAGAGUGACAUGCCAGGUUGGGUUUUUUGGCUAGAAAACCAAUCCAGGCUGAUAUUAUGGAUAUUUUGGCCAAUAAUUGGCAUUUGUAAAUGCAAAAGGGAAGAAUUUUGUGUUUACAGCCUGUGGUACUGUUUUUUGGUAAGAAGAAGCAGUCCUAUUUGUAAGAUACUGAUAAUUUAUGUGCGUUUUUAGCCUUUUGUGGGGGGGGGUGAUCUUAGCACUGGGUCAUGUUAAAAUGUUUGGCCUUCUGGUAUUUUCACAUUGUUUGUCUAAGGGCAUAUAACUUUUUUUUUUAAUCGCCUGGUAGUGAAAGGAAAACAAAGGGACUUUUACUCUAGUGGAUCAUUUCCACAGAGAUGUCUAUUUGGACCUCGCCUAUAGGCCACAGGUUCUCCAAAGCUCAGUUUCCUUAUCUGUAACUUCUAAGAUCUGCCAGCUGCCUGUCAUUUGGUGAAAUCUGAGAAGCAAGCCCUCCCUUUUUUUAACUGGGUUUUUUUUUCUCUCCAUUGCAGUCCAAAACAUAUCAUAACAUGUGAAUUACCUUCUGGCCAUUCAUGUUCACUUUUAUGGUGCAUUUUUUUUCUGCUUAGCAAAAAAGAGUGUCCUCUGGGUCCCCCAGGCAUCUUAAACCAAAAAUAAAACCAAGUAAGACAAAAGGAGAAUAUUCAGGAAAUGUAAUCCAUAGAUACAUCACGUAUAAAUAACAUAAACUCGCUAUUUCCUUAGAAGCCAAAGCUUAAGAAGGAAAUUUAUCAUCAUUCACUUUGAGAAAAUAUGCAAGAUUUGAGCUUCCCAAGCCUAGCCAGGGAAGUAUUACCUCUAAUUAAUUCAUCUGUCACUAACCUUAAGGCAUGGUAGAGUUCCAUGUAGCUCUCUUACUUGGAGAAGGAGGAAUUUUGGAAAAAGCCUAGAGAAGAGCAGAAUGGCUUAGCCAGGGGAAAAUAUCAGUCAGGGGAGAAAGGGCGUACAUUGUCAAGAACCCGGCAAAGAUGUUUGAAGCCUGGAGUGCUCAUUAUGUACCCAUCCUGCCCCUGGUUCUUCUCUCUUUUCAAGAACUGUUCUCUCUUUUGAAUUUCCUCGUUAAUGGUUUUGUGGAUGACUCUGAAUGUCUUAGUUGGAAACGGUAAUGGUUUAAAAAACAACUACUGCUCACUGCCUCCUCCCUCCACCUGUGUGUGUGAGAUGAAUUUCCCGAUGGUUGGUACCCGUUUUCUCAGUAGGCUUUCUUUCGGCUUUUGCUUGUGUGAAGGGUCCAAACCAUUCCAAUAAUUCAGUGUUUCUAAGAGCCUACUUGUAUGUCUUGGGCAGUCCCAACUGCCUCAGAUUUACAAGAAGAUCACAGAACUCAGCCCUGCUUAACCCACUAAACAUUGGACCACCCAAUUCCCACCCAAAAAAAUAUAUAGAAUUAAGGUACUUCUCACUCAGUUUAUUUGUUACCUUUAACGUGGAGCCUGGUUGCAGUUUUUCUUAACUUGUUAAGGAUUCCAGACUCGCCUCUGCUGCUUAGACAGGCCAUUCUGAUUGUUUUUUCGUAUUGCUGGAGAACUUCAGGAUUUGACCUUUUACAAAACCUGCUCCAUCCUUCCAUGGAAUGCUUCCCUAAUGGAAGGAUGGACUGGUAGAGUGGGGGACUUGGAUCUUUGAAGCAUGGUUGCAUUUGUUCUAGUGCAGCAUUCACCUUGUUUGGACAUCAUUGUAAAUGUAACAGGAAGAGAUUCAUCAGAGGAACAUUUAAGAAGCCUUUUUCUUGGGUGAGUCUUGAAGGAAAGAAGCUAACAUGAGAAAAAUCAGACAUUUCCCAUGAAUUAAAUGCUAAUGUUUUUUAUCCUAUUUUAUUUUAUUGCCUUAUAAAGUUUAAGGGUCUUCCCUGGUUUUCUAGUCAUUGUUCAUUCAGCAACCAUCUGAGUGGCUUGGAAGCCACUGUUUCCUUGACUGUGGAAUUACACUCAGUGAUGAGAAACUUUACCUUUCUGGAGGUGUUUCUUACAGUUGGAGUGAACAAGAGCAAUCAGUGACUAUAAUUUCCCCAAAAGCUUUGGGUGUAUUGAGUAAACCUAUUUUUGUAUAUCUCCGUCUUUUACCUGCCUCCACCAUCUUCGUGCCCUCCCCCUAUAUCUGUCUGAAGGAGGAGGUAAAAAAGUAUGAUUUGUUACGUAAAACCCUAGCCUGGGACCUGUGGCUCCCAUUCUAACAUCACAUUUUCCGUCUUUCUCGUUUCUUCAUGUUGUAACCUUGGGCACAUCAUUUUGUUUCUUUGUCCGAGCUUCAGGAAUACUCUCUGUGAAACAGGGGCAAAGUAGCUGUCUCUCACCUACCUUACAGGGAUGUUGUGAGGAUUGAUCUCACCAGAGCUACUGGAGAACUUUAAAUGACACCAUUAUUUUGUCAUCUGUCCAAGUCAGGAAUUUGAAUUGUAAGACAUGAAUGCAGUUGAAAGAAUUGGUUAAUGAUAACCAGAUGUCCCUCCAGCACCACAGGUGACAGGAUUCAACAGCCUUUUUAAAGGCCUGGGAAACCUCAUUAACCCAAGCAAGUGUUUUCUGAGAAGGGGUUUUACCUAAGCAGCAGCAUUCUACCUGAGAGCAUCCCCCAGGUGCUGGAAUUUCCACCCCUUGUGCUCUCUGCAUUACAUUCUGAUGCCACCCCUUUCUAAGAACAGCAU